GCAGCACAGUAGACAUUUAAAAGCCCCAGGACAGGCAGCACACAGCAGUGUGUUCCCCAUCCCAGGAUCCCACUGUUACAGAGAUACAACAUGGCUGAGAUGGACCCAGAUGGGAUUAUAGCUACAGACCCCAGAAAUAAUUAUGAUAGAAAAUGCCUUAUUAUCCGGAAGCUUCUGAAGUUCAACCCUAAACAAGUGUUUACAUGGCAGCUGGCGAAGACAGUAGCCAUGGGUCAGGGUUUGGCUGUUCUCAUGUGUGGCACAGCAGUAACUUCCCAGUACCUGGCUUCGGACUACCAUGUGGACGCGCCCAUGCUCCAGAGCUUUAUGAGCUAUGCACUGCUCUGCAUCACCUACACCACCGCUCUGCUGUUCAGAACAGGGGAUGGCAAUAUGUUUCAGAUUUUAAAGAAGAGGUGGUGGAAGUAUCUCCUAGUAGGCUUGGUGGACGUCGAGGCUAACUACACUGUGGUUAAAGCUUACCAGUACACUACACUCACCAGUAUACAGCUGCUGGACUGUUUUGUGAUCCCUGUGGUGAUGAUACUCUCCUGCUGGUUCCUGAAGACGUGCUACAGACCCGUCCACUACAUAUCUGUGUGUGUCUGUCUGCUGGGGGUGGGGGCCAUGGUGGGAGCUGACCUACUGGCUGGACGAGACUUGGGAUCCACCUCAGAUGUUCUGCUAGGUGAUGGCUUGGUCCUGCUCAGUGCCAGUCUAUAUGCUGUGUCUAACUUGUGUCAGGAGUACAUCGUCAAACACCUCAGCAGUGUAGAGUUCCUAGGCAUGGUCGGCCUGUUCGGAACACUCAUCAGUGGCAUACAGCUGGGUGUUCUGGAACAUAACAAUGUGGCAAACAUCCAAUGGGACUGGAGAAUCGGCCUGCUGUUUGCUGGCUAUGCCCUGUGUAUGUACACCCUGUACAGCUGUAUGCCCAUAGUGGUCAGGAAGACCAGUGCUACAGCAGUCAACCUCUCCCUGCUCACUGAAGACCUCCUCAGCCUCUUCUGUGGCCUGUUUCUCUUUCAAUACACAUUCUCAGGUCUGUAUAUUGUGUCUCUGGUGAUCAUCCUGGUGGGCUUUGUCUCCUUCAACGCUGUGGCAACGACCCCUACCCCUGCAGACCCUAUCACCCCCUCUGUGGGCUGGAAGGAGGGUGGCUAUGACAGCCCUGAUGACAUCAUCAAUGAAGAAGUAGUGGUGGAGGUCUUGGAGGAGCAGGAAGAGGAAGAGGGUGAAUGCCCAGGGGUAUCGUGGAAUCAGAGAACACAGUAUGAGGAAGUACCGACGAUGUGAUCUGAUCUACUAGACAAGCACUUCCCAAGAGUCUAUAGCUGUUCAUCUCCUUGUCUCCUUUCUUUCAUUCUUACUAUUCUAAUAGAUCUACAGAUUCACCGGUGUACAGUUGAAGUCGGAAGUUUACAUUACACUAGGUUGAAGUCAUUAAAACUUGUUUUUCAACCACUCUACAAAUUUCUUGUUAACAAACUAUAGUUUUGGCAAGUCAGUUAGGACAUCUACU